AUGAUCUUCUUCCUUGUGUUCAUCAGCACGGCUGCCGUGCUCUUCUACGAGUUUUAUUGGAAACGCCGGAAUUUGCCGCCAGGACCCACGCCACUUCCACUACUCGGCAAUUUGGUGUCUGUCGUCAAAUGUAGCCCAGGCUACGAGUGUUUCCGCGAGUGGCGCAAGGAGUAUGGUCCCGUAUAUACGUACUGGCUGGGCCCACAACCAAUGGUAGUAGUGGCCGACUAUCAAACGAUGAAAGAAUCGAUUAUCAAGGAUGGCGACAAAUUUGCGGAUAGGGCGACGUUGAAAGACUUGGUGGACUUGCUAAAAGGCGGAAACUACGGUGUCAUCAACUCCUGGGGCGAUAUCUGGAGAGAGCAACGAAGAUUCGUUCUGCACACUCUGCGUGAUUUUGGCAUGGGCAAAAAUUUGAUGGAGGAGCGUGUCAUGCUCGAAGUCGAUUUUCUUAUCGACAGAAUGCGAUCGCUUAAAACUGAUCUGAAUAUGCAGUCCGAAUUCGACACAGCUGUCGGCUCCAUCAUCAACAACAUUUUAUUUGGAUACCGUUUUGACGAGAGCAAGCUACACGAGUUCAAAAUCAUCAAGGGACACCUGCGCACGCUCAUAACUGGCGGCCAGAAUAUACCAUUUUUGGUCGCAACGCUCCUACCCGUAUUUAGGAAAGUGCCGUACUUCAAGGAAUAUUUCUUUAACCUUAUCAACGCGCAUCAACAGAUUAUGGAUUUUAUUGCUGCGCAAAUUGAGGAGAGGCGGAAAGAAGUGGAUUUUAGCAGCGAUGAAUACACAGACUUUGUCGAAUGCUACCUAAAGGAGCAGAGAAGGCAAAAAGGCAAGCCAAACGAGUCGUUUUAUUGUGAUCACCAGCUCACCAACGUAGCGUUGGAUAUCUGGGCAGCCGGCAUGGAAACCACAUCAAACACUCUAACCUGGACAAUUUGCUAUGUGUUGAAUCACCCGAACGUUCAAAAGAAAAUGCACGAGGAAUUGGAUCGUGUAAUCGGUUCGGACCGGAUGAUUACGAUGGGUGAUAAGAAUGAUUUGCCAUAUGUGAAUGCUGUGGUUAAUGAAGCGCAAAGAGUUGCAAACCUUCUCCCCCAAAAUCUACAACGCAAACUCCUCGAGGAUACGGUAAUCGGAGCGCACCCAAUAAAAGCCGGCACCGUCGUGAUGCCCCAGAUCAGUACGGUGCUGUACGAUGAGCGGGUAUUCCCCGAUCCGUACACCUUCAAGCCGGAGCGCUUUAUAAAUUCGGAUGGGUCGCUGAAGAGAUAUGAGGAGCUUGUUCCAUUUUCUGUGGGGAAACGGCAAUGUGUCGGCGAGGGGUUGGCAAAAGUCGAGCUGUUCCUCUUUGUCGCAAAUUUGUUCCAGCGGUUUAAGUUCUCGGCCACGCAGACCCCAUCGAUGGUAAAGAAUCGUGGACAAGUCGUCACAGCAAAAGAUUAUUUAUCGGUUUUUCAUGAGUUGUAUUGGAAGAAAAGGAAUUUACCACCAGGUCCAACUCCACUGCCGGUGCUUGGAAACCUACUGUCGUUUUCGGGGCCGCAGCAAUAUGAGAUUUUUCGAAAAUGGAAGAAUGAAUUUGGGCCGGUGUAUACGAUUUGGUUGAGUUUCCAGCCAAUGGUUGUCAUUUCUGAUUAUGCGGUGCUAAAAGAGACAAUUCUUAAACAGGGAGGAUUGCUUGCGGAUCGCUUCUCGUUCACCGGCUUGCAGCGGUUUUUGAGAGGUGGUGGAUACGGCUUGAUAUUUUCUAAUGGAGAUUUGUGGAGGGAACAACGACGAUUCGCCAUUCAUACACUGCGCGACUUUGGCAUGGGACGAAAUUUGAUGGAAGAAAGAAUUAUGGAAAAAUUGCACGAGGAAUUGGAUCGCGUAAUUGGAUCCGUUCGGAAAGUGACAACUGCCGACAAGAAUUCGUUGCCCUAUUUGAAUGCCGUUGUCAAUGAAUCCCAGCGGUUGGCCAACAUUUUGCCUCAAAAUUUGCAACGUGUGCUGGUGGAGGAUGCUGUAGUUGGCGGCUACACAUUAAAAGCUGGUACUGCCGUGAUGCCACAGAUCAGUACGGUUAUGUUGGAUGAGAAGAUCUUCCCCGACCCAUACACCUUCAAUCCGUCUCGAUUUCUAAACCCCGAUGGCUCGAGCAAGAAGAUCGAAGAGCUAAUCCCAUUCUCGAUGGGCAAACGACAAUGUAUAGGCGAAGGUCUGGCCCGAGCCGAGCUUUACUUAUUCCUCGCCAAUAUAUUUCAGCGAUUUACGCUGACAGCCGACGUGAUGCCGUCAAUGGAAAAGGCGAAGGGACAGGUUGUCACCGCGAAGAAGUAUCUUUGCAAUGUUGCCGAAAGACAU